UCAUGUCCUUCUUGCAGAGCUCUUCCUCACGGCAUCGGGACGGCGGUUCACCCGUUUGCCUCUCCGGAUAAACUGUAAGCUACUUGAGAGCAGAGAACAUCCAUUGUUCGCUGUGGCAUCCGUGGUACCUAGCACGGCAUCUGACAUAUUAUCAGAUCUUCCACAAAGGCCAGUUUACGGUUGAAUGCCCGUUGAAUUCAGGCUCCCAGUGGGAGAGCGAGGAAGUAAUAAAGCCGGUGAUAAAUGCCGCCGUGGAGACACCAGCGGGCUGCCGUGAGACUAAUGGAGAGGACAGUAACGUUAUCUCUAAUGCGAGGGUGGUUAUAGAGUACAUUUCAUAACACCUUUAAAGCUCUUUCACACGCAUUAUCCAAUUUGAUCCUCAUAAAAGCCUGGAGAUGUGUAUAUUGUGGUGGAUGGAGGGGGAGUCUUUAGCGGUUAUGGGAUAUGCCUGAAGUCGUGCAGCUAGUAAAUGGCUGGAUUCAAACCAGACCUCAAAAGCCUGCCUGUUUGCUCAUGCCCCCUGCCCCGACUGCCCACUCUGUGGCCCACAGCACAACUCACCGUCGCUUUCUUGAUCCGUUUUCUUGAUCCGGCUGUGCCUCUCCCCAAGGGAAUGCUUUUCAUUAACAUAUGUCUGGGUAAUGAAUUAUCUUUGACUCUGAGGAGGCCAUAGCCACAGCCGAACGCGAAGCUCCCUUUGAUCCGCAUCCGAGGCUGUGGCUGGUAACGGGCGUGGGGAGGGGGCGUUUGCUGAGACCCCAGGGACACGCCAUGUGUGGUUCCCUCUGUUUCCAGGCCCCAGAAGCACAUCCCGGAAAGGAAAAUGCGCUGUGGACCCCUGUGCCGAUUCCUGUGGCUUUGGCCCUAUCUGUCCUACGUUGAAGCCGUGCCCAUCUGGAGAGUCCAGGAUGACACCAAAACCCUCAUCAAGACGAUUGUCACCAGGAUCAGUGACAUUUCACACAUGCAGUCUGUCUCCUCCAAACAGAGGGUCACCGGUUUGGACUUCAUCCCUGGGCUCCAUCCUGUCCUGAGUUUGUCCAAGAUGGACCAGACCCUGGCGAUCUACCAACAGAUCCUCACCAGUCUGCCUUCCAGAAAUGUGAUCCAAAUAUCGAAUGACCUGGAGAACCUCCGGGACCUUCUCCACCUGCUGGCCUCCUCCAAGAGCUGCCCCUUGCCCCAGGCCAGGGCCCUGGAGACCUUGGAGAGCCUGGGCGGCGUCCUGGAAGCCUCCCUCUACUCCACGGAGGUGGUGGCCCUGAGCAGGCUGCAGGGGGCUCUGCAGGACAUGCUGCGGCAGCUGGACCUCAGCCCUGGCUGCUGAAGCCUUGAAGGCCUCUCUCCCCACAGUCGGGGGAAGAAACCUGAGCUUCCAGGAGUCUGCUGGAGAAGAGAGCCUGUGCGGACCUCCUCUCUGCAGGUCUGCGGGCCAUUUCUCUCUCGCUCCGCUAAGCUGCUCUUCCAAAGGCAGAAAACUCCAAGGCACGACACCAAAGACAGAAAGGCCUGGUUCCGCGCCCACCGGGAAAGGGGGGCCCGUCCAGCCAACGGUGGACUAGAUUUCGGAUUUUCCACCAACGUCUUCCUUCCUGUUCCAUCUCCAGCUCACCGCGUGCUUCAGCGUGACCGGGGGGAUUUCAGAGCCUUUCGACCAUCAAGCAGGGUUCCAUCUGAGAAUUCCGGGGAGCACGGUGAAGGCUACAGGCACACACAGCUGGAUGCUCCCACGCAACACAAGUUGGAAGCAUUUCUUUAUUUAUUAUGCGGUGUAUUCUGGUUGGAUUUGAAGCAAAACACCAGCCUUUCCAGGCUCUCUGGGGUCAGCCGGGGCUAGGGGGAGGCUCCCGAGGUGCUGUUUCCAGUACCAUCCAUGGGCCUGGCUGAGGCCAACCCAUUUUGAGUGACUUGAGGGCUCUCAAGGUCGUUCUCUAGAGACUGGCUUUGUUUCUACUGUGACUGACUUUAAAACUGCAGCGUGUGCACUGGCAUCGCCCUGCGCGGAUCUCGAAGGGCCAGGUUCUCUUAGAAAGAAGAAGAUGAACUUUGUCAGGGGUGUGUACGCGGAGACAGGAAGUGUGUUGGUGGGCGGGGCAUGGAUCCAGAAUGUGUAUUUCUUGUGUGAUGGACAUUUGUGUGAGGGGCUCUCUGGACAGGGUGAGGUCAUUGUCUCAUCUUCGUGGUUUUCAUGAGAGAAGGAGAUGAUUCCUUCACGGGGGUCGUGGGGUUUUGCCAGCCGCCCGUGCAGGGAGUGGGGAAGGGGCUGAAGCCGAAGACCGUUGGGGGCCGUGGUGAGCUCUGCCUUCUCCAGCUGCUAGAGGCUGGUCUUUCUCAUCAGGGAGUGAGGGUCUCGCGUUGGAGACAGUGAUCCCCAGGGCGGGGAUCCUUGCCGUGGCCCUCUGAAUGGUCUGGGUUGAUCCCACACUGAUGUCAUAACAGGGAAGUGCCCUGGUUUGGGAUUUGUAUGCUCACCCAAAGCAAGGGCCUGCUUCCCAUCCAUUUGGGAAGGAUUUUUUCCUCCAGGGGGAGGGUGAAAGCUCUGGGAGGUCUGUGGGCUUUAGCAGAUGGUCCCAAGUCCUGGGUCAGUGAGUCCCGGGACUCCGUGACCGGCCUCGAGGAGCCCCCUUCUCCCUACAGGUCAUGUUCAAUAGGUCAAACAAGGAGGCAUGGGUUUCCCACCAUCCUGCCGCUGUGAUGCAGCCAUCGCACUACAGGAGGUAGAUCUGUCCAAGGAAAUUUGAAUCUAAGCAAUCACUUUCAAGACUGAGCAUCUAUUGUGCUCAGCCCCAACUGGUGCUAUGGGCUCAGAGAAGCUCAUCAAAUAAAUAUUAAAAUCCAGUCCUGCCUUCAGGGACCUUGCAUUCCAGAUGAUAACACCUCCCCCACACCCCGUCUGCAGAGGCUGUCAUUUCACCAUGGCAACCGAGCAGCUGAAACACAGUGCGGUCCUCAGCAGGUGGAAAGGCUGAGCUGAGGAGGGCAGUGCCCGGGGGCCCACAGGCUAACCCUGCUUGCACUUGGUAGCAUUUUUACUGUUCGGGGCGCAUCAGCAUCUAUUACUGAGAAGCCGCAUCCCUUUGAAGCAGGAUAGCUGAGACUAUAAAAAUAAGAAAAUACCAGAGUUCCCUUGUGGCACAGAGGGCUAAGGAUCCAGUGUUGUUGCUGCAGCAGCUUGGGUCACGGCUGUGGCAAGGGUUCGAUCCCUGGCCUGGGAACUUUCACAUGUUGCAGGCAAGGCCAAAAAAAAUAAAUAAAUAAAAA